CGCGAUCGUUGGAUUAAGCUAAUACUAUUGGUAGCAAUCAUGGCUGAUUAUACCGCUACCGGCCCCCCGGGCGCUGCCACCAACGGCUCAAACAUGAACGGCAAUGGCGAUGCUAACUUCGCCCCUCCGGCGCCCAUGCCCGCUUCGAACGAAGCAGCCAAGACUUUGUGGAUGGGUGAGAUGGAGGGCUGGAUGGAUGAAACUUUCAUCAAGAACGUUUGCCAGACCGUUCUCAACGAGGAUGUGCAAGUCAAGGUUAUCCGUGAUCGCAACUCCGGCAAUGCCGGAUAUUGUUUCGUCGAAUUUGCGACCCCCGAGGCGGCCCACAAGGCUUUGAAUCUCAAUGGAACACCGGUGCCCAACUCCACCCGGGUUUUCAAGCUUAACUGGGCGUCUGGCGGCGGUCUUGUGGAUAGACGCGACGACCGAGGGCCAGAAUUUAGCAUCUUUGUUGGCGACCUCGGCCCCGAGGUAAACGAGUUUGUUUUAGUCUCCCUCUUUCAAACUCGGUUCCCGUCGUGCAAGUCCGCGAAGAUCAUGACCGACGCGAUGACUGGUCAAUCCCGUGGGUACGGGUUCGUCCGGUUCGGCGAGGAAUCGGACCAGCAGCGUGCGCUGGUUGAGAUGCAGGGUGUUUACUGCGGCAACCGCCCGAUGCGCAUCUCGACGGCCACCCCGAAGACUCGCUCGCAUCAGUAUGGCGGCCACGCCCAAGGCCAAGCCCAAGGCGGUAAUCAAAUGAUGCCGGCCGUCCCUGGUCAUCCUGCCCCCAUGUGGGGAAAUCCCGCCUUCUACGGGCAAGGCGCUCCGUUCAACCCCAUGCAGCCCAUGAACCAGUUCACGGACCCCAACAACACCACCGUGUUCGUUGGUGGCCUAUCUGGCUACGUCACUGAGGAUGAGCUUCGCUCGUUCUUCCAUGGAUUUGGGGAGAUUACCUACGUCAAAAUCCCUCCCGGCAAAGGCUGCGGUUUCGUGCAGUUCGUCCAUCGCCAUGCCGCCGAGAUGGCCAUCAAUCAGAUGCAGGGUUACCCCAUCGGAAACUCGCGCGUCCGCCUCUCCUGGGGUCGUUCCCAGAACAACUCGGGUGUCGGCACCCCCUACCGCCCGGCUCCGCCCCCUCCCCAUUACAUGGGCGGCGGCAUGCCUCCCCACGGCGGUCCUCCUGGUCCUGGUGGCCCCUACGGCGGUCCUCCUCCCUUUGGCGGCAACCCCACCCAGGGCCCCCCUCCUGGCCCCAUGGCCUAACUUUCGUUCUGAGCUCAUCAUUAAGUCGUUCUGCGCACGGAGUUCGGGGGGAAAGGUAAAGGUGUAACGGUCUCGGAAAAGCAUCAUCGAGGGGUUGACAGUUUCAAACUUGGCUGCUCUUCUUCCCUGUCCUGGACCUCGUCUGGUUUUCACCAUCUCUUGCUUUGUCUUUCUGGGGCAUUGCUCGGCGUUUUCCGGUACC